AUGUCUACAGACCGUGAAAGCUCACCAACUAGCCAACGAUCCUUCAGUUUUUCUAAUGGAGAAAAUUCUCCUGUAGGCCUAUUGUUCCGCCAAUGGUCAAAUUUGUCCUUGUUGAAGACCAAUGGCCGUAAGGGCCAAGAAAGAAACAAUUCCAUCAAUCCCAUAGCUAUUGAAAGAACUAAUCUAGUUCACAUUAGUAAAUUGAUAAUAAAAGAAUUGAUUGAACAAUCUCUGAGAUAUGGUAGGACCUUGGAUUCAGACCAUGUAUCUUUACUUCACUUUUUUAUUAUCAUUGAAGCAGUUUUGAGACACCGUUUGAGGACUAGACCAAAAACAAUUAUUGGUCCAAAAAAGGAACUCUGGGAUAUACUUCAACAAAUUCACAAAUAUGCUCCCGAAGCCAAGGAUAUAACAAUAAGUGUUAAGGAAUUACCAAACAUUAAAACCUCUAUCGGUCGGGUCAGAGCUUGGCUUCGAAUUGCCUUGAUGCAGAAAAAAUUAACUGACUAUUUGAAAAUUUUGCUUGAUCAUAAAGAUGAGCUUUUAGAAGGUUGUUAUGAAUCAGAUUCUAUAAUGUUGAGUGAAGACGCUAUUGUGAUAAUAGGCUUGUUGAUAGGUUUGAACACAAUUGAUUGUAAUUUAUGUCUUAAAGAGGAUGAUUUAGAUGGUCCACAAGGAAUAAUAGACUUCUCUCUGUAUUUAAAGCCAGUUUCAACUCUCCCUGAGGAAAGCAAUCAAGAAAAAGAUGAUGUUACUUCCAUGUUGGAUCAAAAAAACUACAUCGAAGAAUUGAACGAACAUUUGAAAGCUACAGUGAGUAAUUUAGAAACCAAAGUUGAAUCUCUGACAAAUGAUAAUAAAUCUUUGAAAGAAAAUUUGGCUGUUGCCAAGAAUGACCUUUUAGCCUUGAAUCAAGAAAAUAAUUAUUUGAAGGAGAAGGUACAUCAAAUUGCUACUCAUAAUAUUAAUGUUGUUGAAAUUGUUGCUCCUGAGAAUUUAGAAAAUGUAGACAGCACCGAGUACAAAUUGAAAGUUCAAGAGGAAAAAACUCUGCGAAAGGAAGCAGAAAAAGAACUGGAAUUACAGUCUGCCUUAAAGGCAGAAAUGGAAGUUGCAAUGAAGCUUCUAGAGAAAGAUAUACACGAGAAACAAGACACUAUUGUUUCAUUACGAAGACAACUUGAUGAUAUCAAAGUUAUUAAUUUAGACAUGUACAAGAAGCUUCAAGGUAAUGAGGCCUCUAUACAGCAUAAGACUGAACUUAUUACUAAAUUGGAAGCUAAAUCAGAAUCUAUGACUGAUGCUAUUAGAAUAUUAGAGGAAAAAUAUAAGGAGAGUGAGAUUCAUAGAGCUAGGAUUGAACUACGUAACAAAGAACUGGAUCUUCAAACCAUCCAAAGCGAAGAACAGACCAACUGUGUGGAGGGUGACCUCAAAGUUGAGAGGGAAUGGAGGAUAGCGUUGCAAGAUAGCAUUGAGAAGGACAAAGAGGUUAUUUCAAACUUGCAAAAGGAAUUGAGUUACAUGAGAAUCGUAGCUCAGAAAUAUACCACUUUGCAGAAGGAGUACUACACAUUGAAGGAAAAAUGUUUGGAACAAGAACAGACAAUGGAAGAAUUAGGAAAACAAUUGAGCACAUCCAAACUCCAAAUAUCCGACCUCAAAGAAGAGGUUAACAAAAAUAAAGCCGAUUUUACAUGGGAAGAUGACAGUGCUGUCACUAACUGCAAAACUUGCAACAAAGAGUUCAGUUUGACCAGACGAAGACACCACUGCCGAAACUGUGGAGGUAUUUUCUGCAAUGCUUGCUCUGACAACUCGACCUAUCUUCCUUCAUCGGCUAAACCAGUCCGUGUCUGUGAUGAUUGCUUUUUGCUCGUAAUGGGUAGAAAUUCUGUGAUGUAAUAUUUUUCAACUAUACUCUGUUAAUGCGGCUAAUUGUUUUUAUUGAUAUAAUAAUGAAUUAUUUUAUGAACUAUUGUAUUUAUAUGGAGAAUUAUUUUAUCUACUAAUUAAAUGUAAGAAACAAGGUA